AUGAGGCAGACUCAGUUCCUGCAAAUGUUUCUUGUUGUGUCCUUGGCAUGGCUAGGCGCUUUCUUGGCCGAUGCUGAAGACGCGUACAGGUACUUCACUUGGACAGUCACUUACGGAACAAUUUCUCCUCUCGGUGUACCUCAACAGGGCAUCCUAAUCAAUGGUCAGUUUCCUGGGCCCCCCAUUGAAGCUGUCACUAAUGACAACAUGGUCAUAGACGUCAUCAACAAACUAGAUGAACCUCUCCUCCUUACCUGGAAUGGGAUCCAGCAGCGGAAGAACUCGUGGCAAGACGGAGUGCUUGGGACUCAGUGCCCGAUCCCGCCAGGCACGAACUGGACGUACAAGUUUCAGCUGAAGGAUCAGAUAGGGACCUUCAUGUACUUCCCUUCGACUGCACUUCACAGAGCAGCCGGAGGUUUCGGAGCUUUGAACAUCGCGCAGAGGUCGGUCAUCCCCAUUCCAUAUCCUACGCCCUUUGGAGAGUUCACUCUUCUUGUUGGUGACUGGUACAAGAGCAACCACACGGCCCUACGGCAAAGCCUCGACGCCGGCAAUCCCCUCCCUCUUCCCGAUGGUCUUCUCAUCAAUGGACGUCCUAAUGGUUUCACCUUCACCGGUCAAAGAGGGCAAACAUACAAGUUUAGGGUUACCAAUGUCGGAAUCGCCACUUCGAUCAAUUUCAGAAUUCAAGGCCACAAUCUCACCUUGAUUGAAAUUGAGGGAUCUCACACUUUGCAAGAGGAGUACGAAUCGCUCGACGUCCAUGUUGGCCAAUCCGUCACUGUUUUGGUCAAAUUGAACGGGUCGCCCAAGGAUUACUUCGUGGCUUGCUCGUCCCGGUUCACGAAGCCGAUCUUCAAUGUCACCGCGUUGCUUCGUUACGACGGAUCUAACAUCCCGGCCUCGUUGCCUCUGCCGAUUGCUCCAACCUACCAAAUCCAUUGGUCCAUGAAACAAGCUAGGACCUGCAGAUUGAACUUGACAGCCAACGCGGCGAGGCCGAAUCCACAGGGCUCGUACCACUACAAUACGAUCCAGGUGGUGAGGACGCUCGUCCUGGCCAACACAGCGACCAAAAUAGAUGGCAAGCUCAGGUACGCCGUGAACGGCAUCUCCUACGUUGACCCGGACACUCCGCUGAAGUUGGCUGACUACUUCAACAUUCCCGGGGUCUUCACGCUGAACACCAUCAAGGACACUCCUCCCUCGGGGCCAGCCACGCCGGGCACCUCGGUGGUUGGGACGACGCUCCACGAUUUCGUGGAGAUUGUCCUCCAGAACACUGAGAAUGCUAUCCAGUCCUGGCACUUGGACGGCUACAGCUUCUAUGCUGUCGGGUAUGGUUCGGGUUCGUGGACGCCGGAUAUGAGGAAACGGUACAAUAUGGCCGAUGCGAUCUACAGGCACACUGUUCAGGUGUACCCAUUGUCGUGGAGUGCGAUACUGGUGUCCUUGGACAACAAGGGGAUGUGGAACUUGAGGUCGGCGAUCUUGUCGAAGCGGUACUUGGGGCAGCAGCUCUACGUCCGGGUCUGGAACAAUGAGAAGAGCCUCUUAACCGAGUACGACAUCCCACCCGACGCAUUGCUCUGCGGCAAAGCCAAGAAGACCUCCUAGAAACAAUCUCUCUUCCAAUUUUCAGUCCCCUUAACUGCGUUUUCUUUCUCAAUUUGGUCCCGCUUUGAGUCAGAUAGACUCCGCAUAUUCAGCUCUCAGUUACGAUGGGGUGACUGUUAGUUUGGGGUAAAAAAAAAAGAAUAAUUAAGCAGAAGGGAAGCAGGCAAGCGUAGUUGUUGGAAUUGGAAGGAGAGAUAUGAACAUUAGUCUAUUU